UUUCUUUCCCCUGUUUUUUCGGUUGGAUUUCCCGGGAGAAAUAGAAGUCGAGUUUUUAGUUUUUGUUGUGUUUGAAAUGUUUGAGCUGUUUAAUUUCAUCGAUUUUGAUUAGAAUGAAGUACAUAGGAGGAUUCGAUGUUCGAUUUCAGAUUUAUGGUCUCUUUCGGUAAAAAUUUCUCAGGGAACAAUCAGAAUUUGUGGAACCUUUAUUUGUUUGGGAGUUUUGGUUGUUCAGAAAUCUUAAGGACAUGUAUGUUUCGUUUGUAGAUUUGUAUGAUUCGUUUGUUAAUUUGAGUUUAUCUAGUGUCGAUUGAGGUAAUACAUUGAUUUAGACUUAUACCAUGCUUGAGCCUUUUGUGUUUUAUACAUCUGCAAAAAAUUGGCGUUAUAAGUCAUUAGAACAAAAGCACAUUUGGCUAAUAAUCUUUUUGGCAUGUUUGCGAAAUUUGGAAGAUGGAUGCCCCACUUUAGUGUGGGUUUUGUUUGCAAAUUUGCUUAUGCCUCAGUGUUUUAACCAUGAGUUAAUAAGUUGAUGGAAAGGUAAACCCCACUUUGUGAGAUUUGCCUCUCUUUCUUGGCUGCAUUUUGAAUAUCGAAUCUCGACGUUUUCUCCAGAAACUCGAAAUAUUGCUGAAAUGCAGUGGAAUGUGUCUCGCACUUUGCUACCAUGUCAAGUUUGGAGGAGCCAUUAGGUUUAGACAAGUUGCCAAGUAUGAGGACGAUAGACAGGAUCCAGAGAUUCUCAUCUGGUGCUUGUCGGCCCAGAGCUGAUGAUUUGGGCUUGGGACACUGCUGGUUAGAGGGAAGGGAUUGCAGCACUUCAAACAGUUGCAACGAUGAUGAUGACAAUUACGGUAGAGAGGGUUUUCCAUGGAGAAGACAUACCAGGAAAAUGUCCGACGGAGAGCCCAUUCUUCGGAGGACGUCAACUUUGGGAAUGAAUCACAUGACUUGUCAAACUUUAUGGGAUCCCCGAUACUUGCAUGAUCGUAAAUACAGCACCAUUAGCAAUGAGAGGAGCAUUCACCACUCAACCAAUAAGAUUUUUGUAGCUAUACCAAAAUUUGUGAAGAUUGUAGAAGUUGGCCCAAGGGACGGUCUGCAGAAUGAGAAAAAUAUAGUACCGACAUCUGUUAAGGUUGAACUGAUUCAAAGAUUGGUUUCUUCUGGAUUGCCGGUGGUUGAGGCUACAAGUUUUGUAUCACCUAAGUGGGUUCCACAGCUUGCCGAUGCAAAGGAUGUAAUGGCUGCAGUCAGCACCCUAAAUGGAGCUAGGCUACCUGUUCUGACGCCCAACCUAAAAGGCUUUGAAGCAGCUGUCACUGCAGGUGCUAAGGAAGUUGCAGUCUUUGCAUCAGCUUCUGAGUCAUUCUCUAGAUCGAACAUCAACUGUACCAUUGAAGAGAGUCUAUCGCGGUACCGUGCUGUUGCCAAUGCUGCAAAAGAGCGUUCAAUACCUGUCCGUGGGUAUGUAUCUUGCGUCGUGGGAUGUCCUGUGGAGGGAGCUGUUCCUCCCUCAAAAGUGGCUCAUGUCGUAAAAGAACUUUACGAUAUGGGCUGCUUUGAAAUUUCUCUCGGUGACACAAUUGGAGUUGGCACGCCAGGUACUGUGGUUCCCAUGCUUGAAGCUGCCAUGGCUGUUGUCCCUGCCGACAAGCUCGCUGUCCAUUUCCACGACACUUAUGGGCAAGCUCUUGCAAACAUACUGAUUUCUCUUCAAAUGGGAAUUGGCAUAGUGGACUCAUCGAUCGCGGGAUUAGGUGGAUGCCCUUACGCGAAAGGAGCUUCAGGGAACGUAGCCACGGAAGACGUGGUCUACAUGUUGAACGGUCUCGGUGUUCAGACCAAUGUAGACUUGGGGAAGCUCCUGUCUGUCGGAGAAUUCAUCAGCAAACAUCUGGGCCGCCCUUCCGGCUCCAAGGCCGCCGUAGCACUCAGCCGCCGCAUCACAGCCGAUGCUUCCAAGAUAUGA